AUGAUCUGGAGACAUUUGGUGCUUUUGGGGGUGUCCGUCGUUCUUCUUAUGAGAGUUGAAUGCAGAAUCAAGGAGGGAAAGACGCUGACUUUCCGCCGGACUCAGCAUAGUGAGAGCCAGGGCCAAAUGCGCCGUCGCCCCAGGAGGGAUGCCAGCAGCUCCCCAGGCACUUCCAAGCCUUCACAUGGGCCUCCCUUCACCUCCUGUCGGCUCCUCCUCACCCCCGCCGAACACGAGGUUCUGGAUGAUAACACACACGAGACAGGUUUUAAUGGUGAUGAUGGUUCCUAUGUAAUUCUCACAUGGGUUGGUGAUGAUACAGGGGUGGUCUUGGUGCUGUCAACAAUCAGUGGUCCAGUUCAUCCUUUAAAUGAAGGAGGCUCCUCACGACUUUACAGAAGCACGGAUUAUGGCAAAUCUUUUCAUGACAUUUCUCAGAGCAUCAACCACACCUUUAUUAAGGAGGAAUUUGGAGUCAGUGUUGGACCUGGGAUCUCUGUGAUUUUAACAGCCGACACACCGGUGCUUAACAAUCCAGGUGGGAUUAUCUUCACCUCCACUGAUGCUGGUGCAACCUUCAAGUUCAUCCAACUGCCCUUUCACCUGGCGCAGCCAAUCGUGUACCACUUCUCCAACCCUGACUAUCUUGUGGCCCUCAGCAUUGAUGGCGGUCUUUGGCUUUCUCUGGACUUUGGGGCCUGGUGGACAAAAGUUCACGAUGGAGUGCAUUCUUUCUCAUGGGGAGCUGGCAUAAAUUUGUUCUUCAGCUGCAGUCAAGUAGAUGCAGUUGAGGCAGAGGAGAGGGGAGAUUUAAUCCUGAAAAGAACAAAGGACCUGGGGAACACCUUCACCAUAAUCCAUGAGGACAUCUACAGUUUUGGCUACAUAGGAGCGUUUCUCUUCUUCUCCGUUAUGGAAGACCCGAGAUCUCCUCGUGUGAUGUAUUUCUCAUCAGACCAAGGAGAUACUUUCAGUCAAGCACUCCUGCCUUCUGCAUCCACUGAGCAGUUUUAUUCCAUCCUGGAUGGAGAUGAGGAUAUGCUCUUCCUGCACGUGGACAACCCAGGAGACACCUUCUUUGGGACCAUGUACACCUCAGACGACCGUGGGAUCUUGUUCUCCAAAUCUCUAGAGCGCCACCUGUUUGAUGGACAUCGAAAGAGUGACUUCACCAACAUUACUUCACUGAGAGGAGUGUACCUCACUAAUAAGCUAGACGUUGAUGGCCGUAUAAAAUCUGUCAUUUCAUUCAACAGAGGAGGGACGUGGAGACCGCUUAAAAAACCAGAGAACAUAAAUUGUGGAGACAAGAUCAAGAGUUGCAAUCUCCAUAUACAUGGGGAACACAGUCGUAAUAACCAUAUAGUUCCCAUGGUGACCCUGUCUGAGCCGGCUGCUGUUGGUCUAGUUAUUGCGCAUGGCAGCGUGGGUGAUUCUCUGUCGUCAUCGCAGCACCCCGACGUGUUUGUUUCCUCAGAUGGAGGUUAUAACUGGAGGGGGACGCUGAGGGGUCCUCAUCACUACACUAUAUUGGACUCUGGGGGUCUAAUUGUGGCUGUGGAGGCCCAUCGUGAAGGACAAGUCAAGACUAUCAAAUUCUCCACGGAUGAGGGUCAGUGCUGGAAGCUGUAUAACUUCACGGAUCAGCCCUUCUUCUUUGCAGGCCUGGCGUCUGAGCCGGGGACCAACGCCAUGACCGUCAGUGUGUGGGGCUUCCGGCCCGAGGAAGACGGCCAGCCCAUGUGGGUAGCAGUCACCAUUGAUUUCCAGAGUCUCAUUACCAGAGAAUGUAAUGACAACGACUAUGAAGAGUGGUUGGCUCAUUCAACAGAAGGAGGGCACUCAGAAAGAAAUGGAUGUGUCCUGGGUGUUAAGGAGACCUACAGGAGGUUAAAGAAGCAAUCUCUAUGCCGAAAUGGGCGAAGCUUUGUGGUGAUGAAAAAGCAAAGCCCUUGUCUGUGCACCAGAGAAGAUUUCUUGUGCGACUUUGGUUACUAUCGACACAUUAACACCUCAGAGUGUGUGAGACAGCCAAGCGCUGCAAAUAAAACCUAUGAGCUCUGUUUGAAUGGAGAGGAGGAUGAGCUUCUGACAGAAGGAUACCGCAAGGUCCCGAGUGAUAGGUGUGAGGGUGGGUUCAGUCCUCAGCUCAUAAAGCAGACAGUCAAAGCCUGUGGUAUUAAACCUAGUCCUGCUCCUCCUGUAAAGUCCACAUCUUCAGUCACACACUUUGAUACACCGCGAGAAAAGCUGGUGUUGAUCCUGGUGUGUGCAGGAGCAGUCAUCAUCGUCCUCAUAGCUAUUGUUUCUGCUGUGAUUGUUGUCAAGAGAGUGAUUUAUAGAAACAGGACACCGAUAUAUCGUUUCUCCAACCUUCGACUCCAGGACGACGAAAACUCCACUGCAGCUGAUCAUGAAAGUGGCACGAGCAGCAAUAGCACAGCCUGCCAACAGGACUCAGAUUAUGAUCUCAUUGAAUGACACAGCAGACAUGAUUGACACCAGCUGCACUGAAAUGGACUGCAUGUUGCCUUGAUUUUCUUUUUUUAUUGAAGC